AUGCCCCCCGUGGUUCUGCUAGGAGUCGUGGCUGCUAUCGUGGCUAAUGCCUUACAGGCAUUAGGACUCGUUUUCCAACGGAAAGCUGAAUGUAUUGAAAUGUUCCACUACAAUAAUUCGGAACUUCUUUCCCUUCAUUCUGAACUGAAGGUACCACCUAGAUCAAUCGUUUAUAGGAAUAAGAGAUGGCAAUUGGGGUUUUCGCUUUUCCUUUUGGCUAAUUUAUUCGGUUGUGUCAUUCAAAUAGCUACUUUGCCCUUGAUCGUAUUGGCUCCCUUACAGGCAUCUGGCCUGGUUUUCAACUCUUUAUUUUCCCAUAUGCUUCUACGAGAACCGUUCCCCCUGAUUCCCACUGGUUUUGUUUGUGCUGGUGGUACCAUCAUGGCUUCAAUGUCAUGUAUGUUCAUAAACACUCCUUUGACGCAUACGUUUGAAGAGUUGUGCGAAUUGGCUCAAAGUGAAAAAUUUAUUCGUUAUUUUGUCGGUACCAACGCUUUAGCUAUCAUGUCUAUUGUGGUGGGUGUUUUCGGUGUCGGGAAACGUGUCAAAGGGUUUUCGCUUGUAUUUGCUAGUGGUAUAUGGUCAGCUCAUGCUUUACUCAUUGCCAAAUGCGUGUCGAACGUUAUCGUUACUGAAUGGUCCAUCUCUUUACAUAUGGUCUUGCUCGUUUUGGUAUUGGUAACUUUCUCGUUGACUCAGUUGUAUUUGUUGAACGCAGGGCUUUCUCAUCUUUCUACAUCGAUCCUUUAUCCGUUUGUGUUCUCCAUCUAUAAUUUGACUACAAUCUUGAACAGUACAAUGUUCUAUCACGAUUCAUUGGUACCGCAUACAGCCGAGAUUUUAUACACAGGGCUUGUGUUCGGUUUCAUAGUGCUAACCAUCGGAGUGGUACGCAUUUCUGCAUCCAUCUACUACUUUGAAGAAUCUUUGGUUCACGAUUCGAAGUUUCUCUCUGAAUUGGAUGGCUCUCAUUCACCAUCAUCGUCUACUUCCUCUGCGGCCGUGCUAUCGUAUGGCUCGCUCAAUAAUGGAAGACCUUUGUCGCAAGAAUUCGUACAAGAAUCUAAUACUUAUACAUCGUUGACGGUGUAA